AUGCCCGAGGAGAAUGUUCAGAAAUCGUUCGAGGCGUUCUACGAGGAAUGGCUUGCGCGGCACGAAAAUUUCCUUCAGCAGCUUCUGAGCGUCGAGCCCAAUGAUAACGAUGCAGAACAGAGGAUGCUGAUCGAGCAAGUUAUGUGUCAUUACCAGAAAUUUUUGGAAGAGAAAUCGAACGUGGCCAACGGCGACGUUUUCCUUCUCUUUUCCCCGCCCUGGCUUUCCGCCUACGAGAGAUUGCUGCUCUGGAUUGGGGACUACAAGCCCUCACUCAUUCUCCGUCUCGCCGACGGCAAUGUCACAGGCUUAACGGCGGAGCAGAGGGAGAAAAUGGAGCGAGUCAGCGACGAGAUCAAGCGAGCUGAGAGAGAGGUUUCCGAGGCAAUGGCUUCCAUUCAAGAGAGCAUGGCGAGUCCGCGCAUGCUGGCGCUCGUCAGAGUGGUUGACGGCGAGAAAACGGAGCAGCAAGCGGCACUUUAG